AGCGGCGCUCUGCGUCGAGUGGCUGGCGCUCUAUACCGGGUGGAGCGACCUUGCUCGCACGCUGCCACGCCCAGCGGUCCCUACUCAUACGUUUUGGACGUGUGGGGCAGCCUUUCUCCCGCGCCCGGGCCGCACCAGCUCCGACACUGGGCUGCCACCCCUGACGCCCCCGACCACACUGCGACGAAAGCAUGGAGGCCCCGCGCACCUUCGUCCCCUUCAACGACUACGGCAAGGCCCUGAACCGGUCGGCGUCGCCGCAGCGCUACCCGCGGCCGACGAAGCCCCUCGCCGCGCGGCCGCGGCGCCUGUCCUUCGGCGCCGCCGAGCGCGCGCCGACCACCACACCAUGCGCGCCGCCGCCGGAGAGCCCGACGAUGUCCACGGAACGGACGCCGGAGAGCCCGACGAUGUCCACGGAGCGGCUGCCCUGGGACGCACGCCAAGCGCCCGGCGCCGCCGACUCGCCGCCGGCGAGCCCGACGCCGCCGACGCGGCAGCUGUCCGCGAGCCCGACGACACCGGCCCGGCGCGUCGCCGUGCGCGACAUCGGCGCGUCGUGCCACGACGGGCGCCACCCGGCCACGGCCAUGUUCGACGGCCAAAAAUUCUGGGCGACGACGGGCCUCUUCCCCCAGUCCGCGCUCGCGCGCCUGCCGUCGCCGACGCGCCUCUCGUCCCUUUCACUCGACGUGGGGCCGUCCGUGCGGCAGGUGACCGUGAGCGUCGGCCACGAGGACGCCUUCGAGGACGUCGCCACCGUGACGUUUGAGGGCGGCGGCAACAAGCGCGUUUCACUGGAAAACGUCCUCGCCCGCGACGUGCGCAUCCGCAUCGACCGCGCGUCCGGGUCCUUCGCCAUCGUCCAGUCCGUCGAGGUCGUCGGCGUGCCCGCGUAAUAUGUGUUAUU